AUGCCUCCCAUGCGAAUCCCCGUCAACCGCCUGGCUCAGAGUGCCCGCACUUUUUCCUCCGCCUCACCAGGAGCGUUGAGAACCGCGGUGCACCAUCCGGCACUGCACUUCCACCACCAACACAUCCUCCCGCACUCGGCGUCGCAGAGGAUCCUCUCCAAGGCCUCCAAGACAGCCCAGACAGCCCAGACGCACUGGGCCACAGUGCCUGAGGCCAUCCGCGAUGUGACCAGUUACCUCGCCCUGGGGGCGCUGACCUCCGAGGCUGCCUUCCUGGUGUAUUGCUGGGACGAGGAUAGAGGAAGCAUUGGGUAA